GCCUGUCACAGUCACACAGGACAACAUGGCGGCGGCGAGACUCAUCGGAGUGCUGGCCAGGGUCAGCGGCAACGGGGCAGGUUACACUUGCAGACAGCUCUCAACGACUUCUUCAGUAUUGUCACGAACACAUGUAAAUUAUGAACUUAAAGAAGAUGUGGCCGUCGUUCACUUUAACACCCCAAAUUCGAAGGUGAACACGCUGUCCGAACAGCUGCAGAGGGAAUUCAAUGACGUUAUGAAUGAAAUCUGGGCCAAUGAUGCCGUUAAAAGUGCCGUGCUUAUUUCUUCUAAACCUGGGUGCUUCAUAGCCGGGGCCGACAUAAAUAUGAUUGAAGCUUGUAAAACCCCUCAAGAAAUAACAAGGCUGUCUCAGGAGGGGCAGAAAAUGUUCGAGAAGCUGGAGAAAUCUCCCAAACCUAUUGUGGCUGCAAUCAAUGGCUCCUGCCUGGGUGGAGGGCUGGAGGUGGCCAUUGCUUGUCAAUACAGAGUGGCGACAAAGGACAAGAAGACCGUCCUUGGGACUCCUGAAGUUAUGCUUGGGCUGCUGCCAGGGGCUGGAGGAACUCAGAGACUACCUAAAAUGGUUGGUCUUCCCACAGCCUUUGACAUGAUGCUGACUGGGAGAAACAUCCGGGCUGACAAGGCCAGGAAGAUGGGUUUGGUUGACCAGCUAGUCGAUCCUCUUGGCCCUGGCCUGAAGAGUCCAGAAGAAGGAACCAUUGAGUACCUGGAAGAGGUGGCAGUGGAUUAUGCUAGAGGCAUUGCCAACAAGAAGAUCUCCUUAAAGAAAGACAAAGGGCUGAUAAAGAAGAUCACAGACUACGUCAUGUCUGUACCAUUUGUAAGGCAGCAAAUCUACAAAACUGUGGAAAAAAAGGUUAAGAAGCAGACAAAGGGGCUUUAUCCUGCACCCCUCAAGAUUAUUGAGGUAGUGAAGACUGGACUGGAGCAGGGGUCGGAUGCUGGCUAUCUUGCAGAGUCACAGAAAUUUGGUGAGCUUGGAAUGACCAGCGAGUCCAAAGCACUAAUUGGCCUGUACCACGGCCAGGUUCUCUGCAAGAAGAAUAAGUUUGGAGCUCCUCAGAAAGAAGUUGCGAAGUUGGCAAUCCUUGGUGCUGGACUCAUGGGAGCUGGCGUUGCCCAAGUGUCUGUGGAUAAAGGACUAAAGACUAUUCUGAAAGACACAACAGUUGAAGGUCUGGGCAGAGGACAGCAGCAAGUCUUCAAAGGCCUGAGCGAUAAAGUGAGGAAGAAGAACUUGACGUCCUUUGAGCGGGACAGUCUGAUUAGUAACCUGACCGGGCAGCUGGAUUAUAAGGGCUUUGAGACGGCAGACAUGGUGAUUGAAGCUGUGUUUGAGGAUAUCCGCAUUAAACACCGGGUGCUGCAGGAAGUGGAAGCUGUUGUUCCUCCACACUGUAUUUUUGCCAGUAAUACGUCUGCUCUCCCCAUUUCACAAAUCGCCACCGCCAGUAAAAGACCGGAUAAGGUAAUAGGAAUGCACUAUUUCUCCCCAGUGGACAAGAUGCAGCUACUGGAGAUAAUCACUACAGACAAAACGUCCAAGGACACUACGGCUUCAGCUGUGUCUGUCGGCCUUAAACAGGGAAAAGUCAUCAUUGUUGUGAAGGAUGGACCAGGCUUCUAUACCACCAGGUGUCUGGGUCCCAUGAUGGCAGAGGUAGUCCGUGUUCUUCAGGAAGGUGUUGACCCCAAGAAGUUGGAUGCCCUCUCGACUGGCUUUGGUUUUCCAGUGGGUGCUUCCACGCUGGCUGAUGAAGUGGGCAUUGAUGUGGCAGCUCAUGUUGCUGAGGACCUUGGAAAAGCUUUUGGAGAAAGAUUUGGUGGAGGAAACAUUGAGCUGUUGAAAGCUAUGGUAGCUAAAGGAUUCUUGGGCCGUAAGUCAGGGAAAGGAUUUUACAUCUAUCAGGCUGGACUGAAAAACAGAUCUAUAAACGAUGGCACAGAAGAAAUUCUUGAGAAGUUCAAGCUGCAGGCUCGCCCAGAGGUUUCCUCUGAUGAGGACAUCCAGAUGCGUUUGGUCACUCGGUUUGUGAACGAGGCAGUAAUGUGUUUGCAGGAAGGCAUUCUCAGUAACCCAGUAGAAGGUGAUAUUGGGGCUGUCUUUGGCUUGGGAUUUCCACCAUGCCUUGGAGGUCCAUUCCGGUACACUGAUGCAUAUGGGGCGAAGCGUCUUGUUGAAAGGUUGAGAAAAUACGAGAAUGUGUAUGGAAGCCAAUUCACACCGUGCCAGCUUUUGAUUGACCAUGCCAACGAUCCUAACAAAAAAUUUCACCACUAACGGUCUCUUUACAAUGAGCACUAAUCGGGAAUUCCGUCCAUGCUGUGUAGAGAAGGGCACUUGCUAAGGUGCAGUGUGGACGAUUUAUUAACCUUGCUUAAAGAUGAGCCGUACGUGCCUUAGAAAUAACAUUACCCAGGCACUGGGUUCCAGCAUUUCCAAUGCUUUCUGUAAAGUAUGGCACUUGAUUUUUGCACUUAGUUCUUGCUGUGAGACAUGGCAAAUAAUGCUCAUUAUAGGUGAGGCCAUGGUGGUGGACAUGAGGUGACUCUUGGCCCAAUGCUCCAGCAACGCAUCCAUUCCAUCGCAAUGUGGACAUUAUGAAUAAAAUAUUGUUUUCAAUCUGUUGCCAGCUAUUGAGUUUCCUACAGAGGUCAUCUGGUUCUGCGCUGUCAUUGUUGAAGCCUACAGAUUCUAAUACAGAUUCAUCUAGUAGUCGAUAGAAAGCUAUGCUGAAUCUGGCAUCAUAGAAUAUAUUAAAUUAACUGGUUCACCUCAAUCUUUCAAAUACCUUUUAUUCAACGAUACAUGGCUUAUAAAAUCAGAUGCUUUCCAAUGUUGAAAAAGAUAUUCUCUAAAGGGGGAAACGUUACUUCUCUGAAAACUCAAUCAUUGAAUAAAACAUUGACAAUAAUGGU